AUGACAACAAUUUACAAAAGAUUUAUAGAAAAAGAAGCAAGAUAUUGGAGACAAAUUUAUAAAGCACUUCAAUUGUUGGAAUAUUUGGUGAAGCACGGUUCUGAAAGAGUUGUGGAUGAUGCACGUGCACAUAUAGCUUCUAUAAAAGUAAUGAAAAGUUUUUCUUAUUUUGAUGAAAAAGGAAAAGAUCAAGGCUUAAGUGGUAAUUAUAAAGAUGGGGAGGGGUGCCAGUUGAAAUGGAUGACGGAGGUACGAAAUAGAGCAAAAGAACUUUCAGAAUUGUUGAAUGAUGUAGAAAAAAUUAGAGCAGAACGUAAAAAGGCUAGGGCUAAUAGAGCAAAAUAUACAGGUGUUAGCUCAGGAUCUGUUAGUUAUGGUGAUUCUUUCAGCAGAGGUGGAGGAUUUGGUACUAAUGGUUAUUACGGCGGGGGUGGUACAACUAAUGGAUUAAAGGAAAAAACCAUUUUGUUACUAAUUUCUCAUCCCGUUGAUGAAUGUAUGUUUUUUGGACCAACUUUAUUAAAUUUAAAAUGUAAAAAUGAUAUAAUUGUUUUAUGUUUAUCUAAUGAUAAUCCAACAAAACAUUGGGAUCCAGCAUUAAUUUCAAAUAUAAUUAAAGAUUACGUUAUUAAAAAUGGAGUAGAAGUUGUAAUAACUUUUGACAAUAAAGGAAUUUCUGACCACUUAAAUCAUAUUUCAGCUUAUAAUGGUGCAAGACAUUUUAUCAAAACAUUUCCUGAAACAAAUCUUAUUUUAUAUAAACUUGUGACGGUUAAUAUAAUAAGGAAGUACAUUUCAAUAUUUGAUUCUCUUUUAACUUAUUUAAAUUUCAUAUCAUCAUCUCGUCAUAUUUCAUCAAAGGAUACCACCAAUAAAGAAUUAGAUUCAUCUUCUUUAAACAAUUUGAUGUUAUUUGUUUCAUCAAAAGAACAAUUUUAUCAAACAGUACAAGCAAUUGAAUGUCACAAAAGUCAAUUAAUUUGGUUUAGAUAUUUAUAUUUAAGAUUUUCAAGAUAUAUGUUUAUUAACGACAACAACAUAAUACCUCAAGAGCCUUCAAAAGAUCUAAAGGAAUGGUUGGAUAAAGAAAAGGCAAUUAUUUUUCCUUACAGUAUAUUUUCUGAUAUUGCUUAUAUCAAUGAAGGUGCUUCGGGAAAAAUUUAUAGAGCUAAAUGGAAGAGCGAUAUAGAUGUAGCAUUGAAAGAAAUUAAAGAUGACGUUGAUUCGAGACGAUUUAUUUACGAAUUUAGAUCACAUAAACGAGUUGAUUAUCACGACAAUAUUUUGAAUAUUCACGGGAUAACGAAAGAUCCCAACUCGGGCAAUUAUUUAUUGGUUUUGCAAUAUGCAAACCACGGGACGCUCCAAGAAUAUUUGUCUGCGAAUGCUGAUAAAUUGGAUUGGGAAAACAAACUACGUUUGGCAUAUCAGCUUGCUAGUGGUAUACAAACAUUGCACCAUGAAGGAAUAAUUCAUCGAGACUUGCAUCUUUAUCCGUACAAUAUAAGAGAAAAUAAGGUCGAUGGAACACCUGAGGAAUACUUUGACUUAUACACCAGAUGUUGGGAUGCAGAACCAGAUAAUCGACCUGAUAUCAAAUUUGUUGUUGAAUGUCUUGAAGAACUAAGGAAACAUUACACUGUACCAAAUUCUAAAAAGAAUUCUACGAAUGAACACUUACAAAAUGCUUCGAUAGAUCCUAACAAUUAUCUUGAUUUGCACGAACUUAUAAAUAGACGAGAUCUGCGUAUGAAACAAAUGAUGGGUGGCACUAGUAAGAAUGAUAAAUAUAUUAGUGACUAUAACAACAACGGCAGUAAUGACGUCACGGUUAAUUCUUAUAGUCAGCUUUACAAUUCUAAUAAUGACAAUGCUUACUAUAAUUCAUCUUUACAUUCUAUUACAAUGUUCAUCCCAUUAAGUCUCAAGUUUUACAAUAAACGUUCAAUUGCCGAAGAAUUGUUCAUUUUUAAUGAUCAUUUAAAAACAUUCUCGACCAAGCUUAAUAAAAUGGACGAAAUUCUUUUGAUCCUUCAAUCCUCAAAUUAUUACUUACCUUAUCAUAUUCCUUCUCUUCCCGGAUUGUCGUUAAACUUAACCUUACAAAUUUCUCGAAAUAUUUUCCAAUUUGCUCCAAUAUCACCUGGAAUCACUAAUCCUUCAGAUACCAGUGAGAGUAACAGUAUGAAUGAAAAUAAUAUACACUACUUAAAUAUUAGAACUCCUGGUUCAACCAUAGAUGAAGAAAUUGGUAUCAGUACUGGUGGCGAAUAUCCAUUUCCAGUGAUUGCUAGUGAUAAUACUAAUGAUGGUCAAAGUCAAAUGCAUAAAGGAAUCAGAAUGCUAUCAUCAAUGUUAUGGAGUAAGAUUCUAAAUGAUUAUUGUGUCAUCACCACUAUUUUCACGUCACAACAAUUUAAAAAAGCAGAUGCUAAAAGUUUGCCAAAUGGCUGCCUAGCAAUUGCAAAACCGGAACAGAUUACCAACAUGUUCAUAGGGAUUGGGGAUGCUAUUUCUCAAAUAUGCAGAAAGUGA